AUGCCUGUCCGGAGGGGUCAUGUUGCCCCACAAAACACAUUUUUGGGAGUUAUUAUCCGGAAAUUCGAAGGACAAAAUAAGAAAUUCAUCAUAGCCAAUGCCCGGGUACAGAACUGCGCUAUCAUCUACUGUAAUGACGGCUUCUGCGAGAUGACGGGCUUCUCCCGGCCGGACGUCAUGCAGCGACCGUGCACCUGCGACUUCCUGCACGGCCAGUUCACCACCCGGCACUCGGUGGCCCAGGUGGCCCAGGCGCUGCUGGGCUCAGAGGAGCGCAAGGUGGAGAUCACCUACCACCGCAAGGACGGUUCAAACUUCCUGUGCGCCACCCAUAUCAUCCCCGUGAAGAACGAGGAGGGCGUGGUCAUGAUGUUCAUCCUCAACUUCGACUACGUCCUGGACGAAGGCAGCAGCGACUCACUGGAGAGGCUCAACCACACGUCGCCAUCCAAAGCUGACCAACGGAAAGGGAGAUUCUUCCGCUUCCGGUUCCCGACCAUACCUCUCCUGGGCAUCAACAAGCAGUCGCUGCCCCAGGAGGACCCCGACGCCGUCAUGGUGGACUCCCCUCGCCAUAGCGACGGCUCGGUGGCGACGCGCGACUACCAGCUCCCCACCACCCGCGAGAGCUGCAGCCCCACCUACGCCAACGACACCCGCGCCCUCAUCGGCCCCAGCCAUUGCUCCACCCCAGUGUCCGGGCCCUUGGACCACUCAUCGCCCAAGGGUCCCUGGGAUCGGACGUACCCGGACCAGACAGUCACCCAGACCCACCACCCGAGCAAGGAGGACACGCUCAUCGCGGCUCCGUCAAUACCGGGCCUCACUCCAACCGCCUCCAGAGAGAGUGUGUGCAGUAUUCGCAGAGCCUCCUCCGUACAGGACAUGGAAGGCUUCGGGGCCAACUCCAAGAUGGCAUUCAGGGACAGACACGCCAGUGAAGACAAUGGGCGCAACAUUAAAGUGUCCCGCUCCUGGAUGGCCGGGGGGCCACUCAGUCAGAUCAGAUCCAGCCUGCUGGGCUCCACCUCGGACUCCAACCUCAACAAGUACAGCACCAUCAACAAGAUCCCCCUCAUCACGCUCAACUUCUCUGAGGUCAACAAUGAGAAGAAGUGCCCCUCACCUCCGUCCUCUGAGAAAACCAUCAUCGCCCCGAAGGUCAAGGACCGCACGCACAAUGUCACCGACAAGGUCACGCAGGUUCUCUCUCUGGGUGCAGACGUGCUGCCCGAGUACAAGCUCCAAACCCCUCGCAUGGACAAGUGGACCAUCCUCCACUACAGUCCCUUCAAAGCCGUGUGGGACUGGCUGAUCCUGCUGCUGGUCAUCUACACGGCCAUCUUCACGCCCUACUCCGCCGCCUUCCUCCUCAACGACAUCGAGGAGCAGAGGAGGCGGGAGUGCGGCUACUCCUGCUCCCCGCUCAACGUGGUGGAUCUGAUCGUGGACAUCAUGUUCAUCGUGGACAUCCUCAUAAACUUCCGGACCACGUACGUCAACGCCAACGAGGAGGUGGUCAGCCACCCGGCCAAGAUCGCCAUCCACUACUUUAAAGGCUGGUUCCUCAUAGACAUGGUGGCCGCCAUCCCAUUCGACCUGCUCAUCUUCGGCUCAGGAUCAGAUGAGACCACCACUCUGAUCGGUCUGCUAAAGACUGCCCGUCUCCUGCGGCUGGUACGGGUCGCCCGUAAACUGGACCGGUAUUCAGAGUACGGUGCUGCCGUCCUCAUGCUGCUCAUGUGCAUCUUUGCCCUUAUCGCCCAUUGGUUGGCCUGCAUCUGGUACGCCAUUGGCAACGUGGAGAAGCCUUACCUGGAGCACAAGAUUGGCUGGCUGGACAACCUCGGCGUGUCAAUAGGAAAGAAAUACAACUACAGCGACCCCAGCUCGGGCCCCUCCAUCAAAGACAAGUAUGUGACAGCACUCUACUUCACCUUCAGCAGUCUGACCAGCGUGGGCUUUGGGAAUGUGUCCCCCAACACCAACUCUGAGAAGAUCUUCUCCAUCUGCGUCAUGCUCAUUGGAUCUCUAAUGUACGCCAGCAUCUUUGGGAACGUGUCCGCCAUCAUCCAGCGGCUGUAUUCAGGUACAGCCAGGUAUCACCUCCAGAUGCUCCGGGUCAAAGAAUUCAUCCGCUUCCACCAGAUCCCAAACCCCCUGAGGCAGAGGCUGGAGGAGUACUUCCAACACGCCUGGACGUACACCAACGGCAUCGACAUGAAUAUGGUCUUGAAGGGUUUCCCAGAGUGCCUGCAGGCGGAUAUCUGCCUCCACCUCAACCAGACCCUUCUCGAGGGCUGCAAGGCAUUUCACGGAGCCACCAAGGGCUGCCUCCGGGCCCUGGCCAUGAGAUUCAAGACCACCCACGCGCCCCCUGGAGACACCCUGGUCCACGGGGGAGACGUGCUCACCGCGCUCUACUUUGUCUCCCGAGGCUCCAUCGAAAUCCUCAAAGACGACGUCGUGGUGGCCAUCCUCGGUAAGAACGACAUCUUUGGCGAGAUGAUCCACCUGUUCACCAAGCCGGGGAAAUCCUGUGCCGACGUGCGGGCGCUGAGCUACUGUGACCUCCACACCAUCCAGAGGGAGGAGAUCCUGGAGGUGCUGGACAUGUAUCCGGAGUUCGCCGACCAGUUCCUCACCAACCUGGAGCUGACCUUUGACCUCCGAGAUGACAAGAGCAAAGCAACGGAUUCUACCUCGGAUGACAUGGGGGGUCGACGACGGGUGUCCUACAAAAGGAAAACCUCCACAGGCUCCCACAACAAGGAGCCGGCGGCCGCCUACUGCGACAGCAAGCUAGGGAGGCACGUCUUCGCCCCCUCGGCAGCCGAGGAGACGAGGGAGUCCGCCGAGGAGGGGGAGGACGAGGAGGAUGAGGACGAGGAGGAGGGCAGGGAGGAGGAGGAGGAGCAGAGGCCCCUGUGCGCUGGUGUGCUGGGAUACCCGGUGGUUAGGGACCACACCGUGGGCGUCGGGCUGAGCAGCGCUCCAGACGCGCAGGCCGGAGACAAUGUGCACAACCAGACAUAUCAAGAGCUCCAAGCAGACGAGUGGGUGCGUCAGCGUCCCGAAGAGGGCGCGGAGGAGGCGGCCCGGUGUCAAGAGACGCCAGCCGGGGAGGACGACAGCGACACAGACCUCACCUACGGAGAGGUGGAGCAACGGCUGGACCUGCUGCAGCAGCACCUCAACAGACUGGAGUCCCAGAUGACUUCAGACAUCCAGGCCAUCCUGCAGCUCCUCCAGCUCCUCCAGAGGCAGACCACGUCCGGCCCCCCCGCCUACAGCACCGUCACCUCCAGCCCCGAGUACCAGAGGCCAGCCAUCAGGGUCCAGCCAGUGUCAGCCAUCCAGACGGAUCUCUGUCUCGAUCCUGCUCCUCCUCGGCCACAGAGCCCCGGCCCAGAAAAGGCCCAGAACAAAUCCAAAGAACCCCCCCCAGUCCUCCUCCGCACAGAGACUCUUCCAGAUGGGAACUUAGUUGGACUGCUCGAGGGCGACCCGGAGCAGACACACACAAAACGGCGUGGACUCUGUAGAGCAACGCCAGAACCACCGCUGCCGAGGUUACCGUCGGGCCGACAGGCCUCUCUACCCGACGUCCCCAGCAGCUCGGGAAUGUUGGGACUCCACAGGCCGGUUUCUGACCCGUGGCUCCCAGGCCCCUUCGACGUCGACCGAAGGUCUUCUCUCAAGCUUGACUCAGGGUCUAAGAAAGACAUUGUAUAUGCAAAGGAAAACAAACUGUAG